AUGACUACGGUCAACUACUUCAUCGUAUCCCCCACCGCUCUACUUCCCGAACUAACCUCUCGACCGGUGGUCACUUGCCUAAACGAGUUCGAUACAUCGGAGCUCUUCUGGCUGUGGUUGGUGAUCGAGCACUGCUACCGUUCGAUGAGCAUCGAGGACUGUCGCAAGAUCUUCCAAAAUCACUUUCCCGGACAUGCUGCUGCGCUUACGCGUAUGCUCAUCGACGACCUCGAGGAUGGACUUUUACAUGUCGACAAUCCGUGGGUGGCGCCGUCACUCAUGGACUUGGACGCCCUGCCUCAGUUCACGCGCGACUCUUUGCCUCUGACGCGCACGAACCUCGCCAUGGCCAAAUCGCUCCUGCGUGAGAUCCUCGCCAACGACCAAGCAACCUACGCCCUCAACACCCUCCUACACGCCAACCCCACCUCCAAACUCCACGUCGCAAUCAUCUACGCCUGCUUCGACCUCUCCUCUCCCUUCCCUCUCGCGCUCAACCGCCGCCUCCUAUGGUGCCUCAUCGCCGACAUGCUCCAAUACCACAAAACGGCCGACCUCACGACCUGGGCCAACGACGAUCUUCCUCCCAUCCCCGACUCGGUCGAAGAAGGGGAUCUUGUACCGUACGAGUUGACUCCGGAUGAAUACGGCGAUCCCUUCUGCAUCCUCCGUCAGCUAUACACCGUCCUUCAUCCCACCGCGAAACGUCUUCACAUCCGGCCUUCCCACGCUUUGCCUUGGUUCGACGUGUACAUCGGAGUCGACAAGACCGGAUGCGGGACGGGCGGUACAUGGCAUAUCCUAGGCAAACGCCAAUCAUUCAUGAUGCACCGCCGCGACUGUCUCCCUUCCAACAACGAACCAUUGCCGGAGCUGGGUCGGCGCGAGAUUCGGGCCAUUCUCGACGCCGCGACGUGCUGGGCGCACAUGUGGGCCGGACACGCCGUGCGGUUCCACGUCCAUUCCACCGACCUGUGCACAAAGAUGAGCGAAUGGGGCCACAUCUUUCUCCCUACUUCAACCUCAGAAGUCUGGCCCGAACUCAACCUCCUCUCCUCCCUCUCCCACCGCUGGAACUUCACCUACGAAGCCCUCCCCGCGGCCCCUUCCUCCCCAAAAGUCAAAACAGCAACCGCGUGCGCUUUAUACAACAACAUCGCCUACGAAUCCGCCGCCCGAUGCGUCCAAGUCGUCGACUCCCUCUUGAUGGACGUCUUCGCCGAACGGCUUACCGAGAACCCGCCCGACGCAUGGUUCUUGAGUUUCAUUCAUUUGCACCUAGAGUUGGAGGGGAGGAUGUUGGCGCACGGGCAGAUGCCGGGCGGGAUGUAUUAUUCUAUGCGGGACGCGCAGAAGAAGUUGGCGAGGGAGAGCGUGGACAGGGAGAUGACUGUGCCUCUUGAGGCCAAGGAUAAUGCGCCCGAGGUUCAGGUCGGAGAUGUCCAGUACCGCCGGGCCCUGUACAAGCGCGCGGAGAACAGGGAGACGUUCGAAGCUGAGAGACUUGAGAGGGACAAGGAUGUGCCUGUGCGUGCUAGGGCGAUGGAGGAUGCUGAGAACGAUGCGGAGAACACGUUGGGCGCUGUGUUGACGUUCGAGCCGUAUCUGAACUACUCGGAGUCGGAGCAUCAGGAUUGGUUGAAGGUGCUUUGGCAGUACGAGAAUCCGGGGCCGUUCGUACCAGUCUAA